AUGGCCAGAGAAGAUAAUUUUACGAAGAGACUCAGUAGACUAUUCAGAAGCGUUCGAAAACGCCCAGAAAAAAACGAUCUCAAAAAUUCAGCACAUCAACAACAAGCUGCUAUAGAAGCAAGAACUUUAUCGACCGCUGAGCAAUUCCAACAAAACACGCAAAAGGAGCUGAUCGACCGGCUGCGGGCCGAGAUCCGGGACAAAGAUGCAAUCAUAGAAGAAAAGAACGAGCAGAUCAAAAAGCUGCAGGAUGUUCUCAUCGAAUACGCGAAAAGCGAUGACGAGACACAAAUCGUCCAGUAUGACGAUUCCGACGCCAACUCGCCUUUGAUCAUCAAGGGCCAGGGACAGAAGGGCAAACAGGCUCUCUCGGCGGAACCAGCAUCAGCCGGAAACGAAGCUCCAGAGAAGCUAAAAACAAGUCCAAAAACUGAGGGUGAAAAGAAAUUCAUCAGAAAUGCACUCUCUUCGAAUUUGUUUCUCAAAGGCUUGUCUCUCAGACAGCUGGAUUUGUUGGCCGAUUAUAUGAAGCAGCAGUUCUUCAGUGAUAAUGAAAGUAUUAUUACUGAAGGAGAGCUCGGAUCUUCAAUGUACGUCCUCUCCGAUGGCGUCCUAGAAGUCCGAAAAGACAACCGAAUCCUAAAAGUCAUCAACGAAGGAGAAGUUUUUGGCGAACUCGCGAUCCUGUACCACUGCAAAAGAACAGCAAGCGUCAUUACGAGAGAAAAAUGCAGAAUAUGGAGUCUUUCGAGAACGGUAUUCCAGCACAUCAUCAAAACCUCAGGCAAAGAGGAACUGGACAAGCGGCUAAAAUAUCUGUCGACCGUAGAUCAGCUGAAAUUCCUGUCAAAACGAAAUUUACACAAAAUCGUCGAUUUAUUGGAGGAGGAAACGUUCUCCGCAGGAGAUACGAUCAUUCACCAGGGGGCGCAUGGGAACACUUUCUACGUUAUUUCAGAAGGAACUGUUAGGAUAACCAUAACUGAUGAUAAAGGCGAAGAAAAGACCUUGCGCGAAAUGGGCAAAGGAAAUUAUUUCGGUGAAAUGGCUCUUCUCAGCGAAACCACUGAUAAGCGAUCUGCCACUGUUUCCUGCGUCACUGCUGUUUCUUGCUAUACUCUUGAUCGGGAGCCCUUCCGAAAGCUCAUCGGAAACGUCGCGGAAAAGGACUGGAACAAUCCGAGCUCUGGAAAAAUGUCUGUCGAUAGUCUUCAACACAAAGCUUCUCAGCUUCAUUCUUUCGGAAACUCCAUCCAUACUCAAUACGAGCUGGACGAGUUGGAACUGAUUACGACCAUCGGAGUCGGUGCAUUCGGAAGAGUAGAGCUCGUCCGCCCCGUUGGCGACGAAAACCACUCCUAUGCCCUCAAGCGAAUGACCAAAUCAAGAAUCGUGGAGCACGAGCAACAAGAACACAUAAAAGCCGAGCGAGCUCUUUUGAUGCGUCUCUCCAACGACUUUAUCGUCAAGUGCUAUCAAUCAUUUCGGGACAGAAAAUAUGUUUACCUGUUGCUGGAUGCCUGUCUGGGAGGAGAAGUUUGGACGAUGAUUCAAAAUCAAGGCCCUUUUAAUGAGCGCCAAGCCCAAUUCGUCGUCGGCUGCGUGCUAGAAGCAAUCGAUUAUCUGCACUCGUGGGGCAUCGUUUACAGAGAUCUCAAGCCCGAAAACUUAAUGACAGACGACCAAGGAUACGUGAAACUUGUUGACUUUGGCUUUGCUAAACAAAUUGGACACAAGAAUAAGACCUGGACGUUCUGUGGUACUCCUGAAUACGUCUGCCCAGAAAUCCUGCUCAAUACAGGUCACGAUCUCACCGCCGAUCUUUGGGCAAUGGGCUGUCUCAUCUUCGAAAUUCUCUCCGGGCGCCCGCCAUUUUCCGUCAAAAGCGGCAACCAGCUCGAAAUUUAUCGAAAUAUUCUGAAUGGAAUUGAUGCGCUUGAAUUUCCCGAUCGAAUUUCAAGAACGCCGAGGCAUUUUAUCAAGAAGCUUUGUCGCAAAACGCCGAGAGAGAGGCUUGGAGCGGGAAAAGAUGGAAUUGAAGAAAUCAAGAAGCAAAAAUGGCUUGCGGCAAUGAACUGGAAUGCGCUAAGAGGGAGGACUCUUAUUUCUCCGAUUCGACAACCGUACAAUGGACCAUCUGACGCUAGAAACUUCGAUAUGUUCAAUCCCGAAACUGACGAACCGCCAGAUGAGACUUCUGGCUGGGACGAAGACUUUUAG